AUGUCUUUCAACCGCCAGAGACAUAGACACCGGUACGGCUCCUCAGGCGGAUCAUCGAGCCUCGGUGGGCCUUCAGGCGGCAAGUAUCCUCUGCUGAGGCUGCCGCAUUACGAUCGUAAUCGAAAACCACGGGCUUCUGGGUACCUGGACUCGAGGAAUGAUUCCUUGAGAAAACCAGUCUCCGAUGGGAAUCCUACUCCAGAUCUGUCUGUGCAAACGCUGCCUACGGAGAGUCGUUAUAGAAACGGGUAUUCGUCGAAAAGUCAUAAAUACGCAAACGGUAACAGCCAUUCUGGCUCCAGACUGUCUUAUACUAACGAUGAUGGCUCUGCGGUGUCUACACCUCCCCAUAGCGCUUCGGACCCGACUUCGAGGCAUGAAAAAUUCAAGCUUUCGGGCACUAAUACAGCCACGGGCGAAAACCCGGUGGAUUCCAAGUUUGAGCAGUUCGAUAUCCUGAAAAACUACCGUGUAACAUAUGAUCCAGAACUAGACCUGGCACUUCCGAAAGCCGAAAGAAAGCAUAAUACCAAAAAAUUCCGUUUCCAGACCGAGCACCACGAUAGUCUGCCUUCUGACCCUCGUGUGAAGAUGGGUGUCCACAACUACUUCUCCAAACCCAACAAAGCAUCCAAGAAAUUGCAAUUCAAGCAUCUACCCCAGCCCAGGUUUAUAUACGACAAGGACUCUUUGGGCCUGCCUCCACUUACCGAGUUGAUAGUAUGGGAUCUUCCGAACUCCACUACAGAAGUGUACUUUGUCAACUUCUUCGAGUCUUUAGGAGAUAAGAUCAAGGAUGUGAAGUUCUUGAACGAUUCUGCCAAUGCUGUUCCACUCGGUGUUGCUACUUUCUCCUUUCAAGGCAGCGCAGAGAAGUCUUCUCGCACAGCCAAAGCACUUAUAAAGCGCGUCAGACUCGAGGCUCCCAAACUAGAUGGUGAAGAAUUGAAGAUUGGACUCAAUGACAGCGAGGGCCGUCUUCUAGAUACGAAGAUCAAAGUCGCCAAGGGCAGACUUCAAGUCGAAAGACUCAAACGUGAGAAAGCAGAGAAGAAGCUUCUGGAGAUCAAAAGAAAGAAAGAAGCAAGGGAAGCAAAGAAAGAGCAGGCUGCUGGAAACGCACCUGAUACAGAUAAGUCAAAGUCACCAUACGAGGGACAGCUUCCUAGCAACAAUACCACCACAAAGUCCAAGGUUCACAGAAACAGGCUCAUUGAAGGGUGUGAAAUCCCUGACGAACUCAUAAAGUACGUCAAAGACAGACCAUUCGUUUUUAUUGCAGAUGAGUUUGUUCCGGUGAACAAGAUCUCGUCACAGGACGUGAAGAAGGUCUUGAUGAAGUACGACUGGACAAGAGUGCUAGUCGACAAGAAAGGCUACUACGUUGUUUUCAACUCGCUCAAGGAGUGCUACCGCUGUUAUAAGUACGAGGACGGACUACGGUUUUUCGAAUACCGUAUGUUCAUGGAAAUGUGCGUUCCAAAAGAUUUCGAUCCCGAGAAGAUUGCAUCCAGAGUGGCUCAAAGCCAUAGCACUGGUCACGAUAUCGUUGACGAAGCUACCAACAUGCUUAUUAAAGAAUUCCAAACUUUCUUGAGUAAGGAUAUUAGAGAGAGAGUUAUUGCUCCUACCGUGCUAGACCUACUUUCACCAACAAACUACCCUGAGCUCAUGGCCGAUUUGAAGAAGAAGAAGGAAGAAGAGGAGGCAUUGGCCAACAAAAAGAAGCAAGAAGAGGAAGCCAAACCUGCUGGCUCUUACUCGUUCUUACAGGAUAGGCGUAAGGAUACCAAGAAGGGCGACCCUAAUAAUGAUCGUGUCUUGAUGCUUCCCAGCUUUACCAAGAAGCUUGGUGCUUCUCCUAAGGGUAAGACCAAGAAGAUGAAGAGUAUGCUUCCAAUGCAGCACGCUUUGAACUAUGCUGAUCAAGAUUCUGACGCGUCAGAUGAAGAAGAGUCGAGCCGGUCUGUGACUCCUGCCCCAUCCAUGAAGAGAGAGUUGUCUCUGACAAUCACCUCACAAGAAGAAGAGGCGCCAUCGAAGAGACAAAAGUCUUCUAAGCUUCGUGAGACUUUCAUGUACGACGAGACUUCCGAAGAAGAGGAGGAAACUGCCGAACCCGCUGAUGAGAUGGAAGUUGAGGAGGAGAAACCAGAAGAAGAGGCUGCACCAAUCGACGAACUCUAUGCUCCUACAGAAACCACCGCUCCCGUUCCCGUUCUUGAAGAAGUCGAACAACAAGCUGGCAGUCUAUUUGACUUACACAGAUUGGAGAAUGUUGUUAGGGACGACGAGGAUAUGGAGUUGGCGCGUAAAGUACUUGCCAAUGUCGAACCUGCCAAGGUCAAGCAUCCUGAGUACUGGGCUUGGAAGCAGAAGGAGCUGUCGAAAGCCAUCAUUUCUGAAGAAGAGUCUAUUGGAGUUCUUAGUGACCGUUUGGAAUGCUCUACAGGCUCCUUUAAGAGCGAAGGGUACAGAAAGAUUGCAGAUGCUGAUAAGAUUGAGUACUUGCCAUACAGAAGGAAGAUCCAUAAGCCUCUCAAGACCGUUCAGCAUGACGAGGAAGAGCACGCUUCUGGUGGAGCUGCCAAUAGUGGUGUUCAAAGCUCUCGUGUGAACCGUGCCAACAACAGAAGAUUUGCAGCCGAUAUCAGUGCCCAGAAACAGAUUUUGAGUACCGAGUCAGAUAUUCUCAACUUGAACGCUUUGAACAAGCGUAAGAAGCCUGUUUCGUUCGCCAGAUCUGCCAUUCACAACUGGGGUCUUUUCGCUCUUGAGCCUAUUGCAGCCAAGGAAAUGAUCAUUGAGUAUGUUGGAGAGAGUAUCAGACAGCAGGUUGCCGAGCACAGAGAAAAAAGUUACCUCAGAACAGGUAUUGGUUCAUCCUAUCUUUUCAGAAUCGAUGAAAAUGUUGUCAUUGACGCUACCAAAAAAGGUGGUAUUGCAAGAUUCAUCAACCACUGCUGUAACCCCAGCUGCACAGCUAAAAUCAUCAAGGUUGACGGUAAAAAGAGAAUCGUCAUCUAUGCAUUGCGUGAUAUUGACGCAAACGAAGAGCUCACGUACGAUUACAAGUUCGAACGUGAAACCAACGACGCAGAAAGAAUCCGCUGUUUGUGUGGUGCUCCAGGAUGUAAGGGCUACUUGAACUAA